UGGAGUUGCUAUAAACUUUGUAAACAAUCAACAUGAAGUUACUCUUUGCUGCUUUUAUAAGUGCUGUAUUUUGUACAGUAUAUGGUCUGAAAUGCCAUGUUGGAUAUAGUGUGAAUCCACAUCAAAUCAAGACAACUGAUUGCUCUAUAAUAAUGAACAGAUGCUUACUUUUGAAAUUUUCAUUGUCAAUUGAAACUGCCGGUAAUGUUAAUAUCAAUGUGGAAGAAGGAAGAUGCUGGAACGAACUGUUGUCAAAAGAUGUAUUGUGUCCAACAGUGAAGAAUGUGACGGAUCUUAUUAAAUCAUGCAAUGCAACUGUGUGUGACACUGAUGAAUGCAAUGUAAUCAGCGGACAAUGUCCAUCUGCUGCUGUUGUUACUGGACCAAAUCUCCUCGUGCUGUUUGUCACUUUCAUCAUUUUAAUGACAAGUUUGAAAGUCUUCUAAAUACCUGUGGCGUACGAGCACGCGUGCAAAACAUGUAAAGUUUGCCUUGUAGCUUCUUUGAUUGUUUAAUUUUUUAAGAAAAGUUUUUGAAUGA